AUGGCCAGUGUAGCUUCUCGCGACCCUCGUCCCGCCGUCUUCCACGAUGUCGACGCUCCUGCCGCGAGCCAUGACGCCUUCGCACCAAGCGCGCCUCCCGACAUGGAAGUCGCGACCGCCGCCGCUCCGCAUGCGCAAAUGCCGCCCGCCGCUGCCCACCUCGCCGCCGCCGACGCAGCCCUGAAGCUGGACACGCCCAUGGACGACCCGCACGACGCCCUGCCGGCGCUGGCUGCCCCGAUCGCGUUCCCGCCGCCGCUGCACGGCUUCGGCGACCUGCUGCCCAUGGACGUCGACUUCCCGCCGCCCAACGAGGAGCGCCUCACGGCCUUUGCGCGCCUGCGCUUCGACGACGGCUCCUACUACAUGCACACGUACCAGAUCAUCCUGGGCCGCGACAUCACCCUCGCCCACAAGGACAUGAAGCGCCUGGUCCGCGUCGACCAGCUCAAGGCCGACGGCCAGCCCCAGGCCGCCGAGGAGCUGCUGCACGGCCGCAAGAGGAAGCGCGCCCGCCGCGGCGCCCGCAGCGUCAUCAGCGAAAAGGGCGGCAUCGUCAGCGCCCCCAUCGACGCCAUGCCCAAGGCCUACCAGCAGCGCCGCCAGAGCAACGCCUCGCAGUCGCUCAGCUCCGCCUCCCACCCCACGGCCGACUCGGGCGAGGAGAAGCCGCCCGACAGCGCGCCCCAGGACCUCAUCAUGCAGGCCUUCCCCGAGGUCCCCGCCCAGUUCGACGGCCACGUGCCCGAGGACCCCAACGACUGCCCCCUCGUGCCCAUCCACCCCCAGAAUAUCACCUCCAAGACGGGCAAGGCCGGCCCCAAGGGCAUCUCGCGCGAGCACGCCAGGAUCUUCUACGACUUCGACGAGGGCCAGUUCUGCAUCGAGGUGCUGGGGUCGAAUGGCCUGCACCAUGAGGGCGACUUCUACCCCCAAGGCGAGGUCCUGCCCCUGGACCACGGCGACCACCUCACCAUCGGCGCCGUCAACAUGCAGUUCUAUCUCCCCGACGUCGCCCUGACAGAGGAACAGCGCCAUCGCCAGGAGUCUGGUUCGCGCCCCAUGAGUUUCUCGUUUGAGAAUGGCCACGGCGAGCUGCAGAGCGAGGAGCAGAUGAGCUCUGAGAGUGAAGGUGGACUCAGCAUCAAUCCACGCCACAUGUAUCACGUGCCCAUUGACAGUGACAUGGAAUCCGAGGACGCAGACGACGACGACGAUGAUGACAUGGACGAGUAUGAAGAGCCCGCCCCACGCGCACGACCGAAGCAGAGCCUCAAGAUCAAGCUCAAGACUUCUCUUCCGCCUCCGCCGCUGAAAGUCGCCAAGAAGCCGCUCAAGCGCAAGUACAGAGAGCCCACGCCAGAGGAGCCGCCCGCGAAGAAGGUCAAACAGAAGUUCAAGCCGACGUUCAAGCCAAAGUUCCAAACGGCUGGUAGGGAUCCGGUCCGCGAGUCGAAGACGUCCAAGGAGCCAAAGGUUUCGAGAGAGCUCAAGGAGUCGAAGGAGACGAAGGAUCUCGAGAAGUCCAAAGAGGCCAAGGAGCUCAAGGAAAUCAAGGAGCCCAAGGAAAAGAGCAAGGCGUCCACGAAAGCACCUGCAAAGGCACCCUCGAAGACGCCAGUUCCUGACGAGGUGGCUGUGGAAGAGUCUGUGACAGCCAUACCCACCAUAGAGGUCCCCGUCAAGGAAAAGGUCGAGGCAACCAAGUCUGUCCCGACCGACAGUCCGCCUCUCUUGCGCAAGCCGUUUGAAGGGGAGAUCGAGGCCGGUGGCGAGAUCGAAGGCCUGAUCACCGAGGAGAUGGCCAGACAGCACAAUCUUCCAUCCAGCCUCAUUGGUCACGUUGUUGAAAAGCGCAAGGGCCCUGGUAGACCACCAAAGGACGGCAUCAUGUCCAAGCGGCAGAGGUCUCAGCUCAUCAAGCAGGCCAAGGAGAUUGAGAAGGCUAAAGCGGCUGGCAUUGAUCCUGCUGAUAUCCCUGCGCCAACGAUGAAACCCAAGGUCAUGAAGCGCAAGGAGUCUAACGCUGCUGACGGCGACGAUGAUGAUGCUCGAGACACCACUGAGAAGGGCGACGGCACCAUGUCUGGCGACAAGAAACUAGCCAAGCCUGUUAGACCUCCACGUACGCCCUCCCCUGAGAUGCGCAUGGAAGACUACACAGAAGAACAACUGCAACGCCCGUCAGCAAACUACGUCGUCCUCAUCCACGAGGCCAUCACAUCCGCCCCUAACGGCCAGAUGAAUCUUCAGCAGAUCUACAACUACAUCGAGAAGAAGUACCCAUGGUACAAGUUCAAGACGACGACUAGUGGCUGGCAGUCGAGUGUGCGACAUAAUCUCGGUCAACACGACGCUUUCAUGAAAGGAGACAAAGAAGGCAAAGGGUUCAAUUGGAGAAUUAACCCGGACGUGUCAAUCGAGAAAGAGCGCAGGAAGAGGCAGGUUAGUCCCCCGGUCAAUCCAGCGCGAGGGCAGACGUACUAUCCGCCAAAUGGUUAUCCGCCUUACGGUCAACCCGGCUAUCCGCCUUACCAUCCGGGCAUGCCUGCUCAUGCCAUGCCGCAAGCUGCUCCAAGACUGCCGCCAAGUCUGGUCAACUCGCAGCCUCGUCUUCCACCCAGCAUGGCGCGAGAUGCAAAUGCUACUGCGCCUGCAGCACCGCAGAGCGCGCCUCGUCCAUCGCCAUAUGCUUCACCCUGGGCUGGUGGAAACGCAGCUGGUAGUCCCACUGCUCCCAACCCACCACACCCCUAUCCACAACCUGGGGCCCAGCCACCGUCAGCCAGCGCGGCGCCUACACCCAACGGCCCGUACGGCGUGCUGUAUCCAACAAGUGCACCACCACAACACAGUACUCACAGCUCGGCAAGUCCAUAUGGCAGCCAGUACGCGACGACGAACGCGAGCCCCUACGCUCAACCUCCGCCCCGACCCUACGCCCCCUACGCCCCACCCGGCCAACAAUCAACAGGCCCGCACUCGCAGUACCCAGCCCCCUACCCCGCACAGCAGCCCUACGCGCCACCCAACCCCAUCUCACCCGACCAAUUCGACCUCCACCCCUCGGGCCGCUACCCGCGCAACUGCAGCCCGGACCUGAUCCGCCAACUCGAAGCUUUCAGGGGCGUCUACCUCAAAACGCGCAUCGAAGAAGGCGAGCCCACGAAAGUCGACAACGCAAUCCGCGCCUACGUAGACCAAACCGUCCCCGAAGCAAGCCUCACGGAUUCGGAAAAGGCGCUCCUCAGAGCUAUCAAGAGUAUCGAGGGCAUUGAUAAACUGCGCCCCGUCGCCGUGGUCGUCGUGCAGAAGAGCGCACCCCCUGCUACACCCGCGACGAGCACGAGUGCCGCGGAGCUGGUCGCUGGCGCUGCCGCGAAUACGGUUGGUGAGUCGCAGAUGCAGUUGCAGGGGAAGCGCGAGACGCCCGCUGCGGGCGCGGAGCCGCAUAGGUUCACGCCCCGUAUGACGGGCCAGCAUAGUCCGAGUGUUGAGCCGCUUACGCCUGCGUCGGGUUCGCCGCUGAAUGGCGCAAGGCCGCUGCCUGAUGCUGGGAAUAAAGCGGCGUAG